CCGCGACCGAAACCGGCCUCCUCGAAUUCCUUUUUAAUACUAUUUUCUGACCUUUUCCGACCCAUUUAAUUCUCCAUCCUGCUCAAUUUAGCGUUUGAUUUUCUCUGGCAAAUCCAAUAGUAAAGGCUGCCGUCGACAAUAAAACCAGAAGGGAAACUCAAGUUUUUUUUGCUUCUUCUAACGCAUUCCAUGCGAUGUGUAAUGACAACGUAAAUCGUGGGAAGAUUCCCACCUUCGACUUCAACGCCCUUCCCAACCGAAACGCCUUCCCACCCUCUUCUCUUCUCUCUUCCUCCUCCGGAUUCCAACAGGAAAACGCACCAAAACCCCAACUUUCCCUUCUCUCGUACGAUAAUUUUUCAUAUAUUUUUCGCCCUAUUUCUUUUAUAGUCAUCUCGAUUUUGUCGGAGUCUGUGUCCUCCGCCAGUACGCCUUGCAAUUUCCCUCAUCCCAAUGUGCGGCACGAAUCAGGAUUCUUGACUUCUAAUUUUUCUGCCUCCAAGGACACGAGUGGUUGUUCCGAAAACCCUAAAAAGCUCCGUCUCCUCCGCGUAGUUGGAUUUCCUCGAAUCACGACCGGUCUGCAGAUUUAUGGUUAUGGCGGUGCUGCCAUCAUCAAUGUAGUUUCAUUUGAAGACAGCACUUGAUGGAUACAUGUAAAGUUGAGCCCCUUGCGGCAACAGCAAAGACGAAGCCCAUUAGGACUGAAGAUAAUCCCAGGUUAGCAUUUUUGUCUCCAGAGAAGAAUGGUGCCAUCCAAAGCAGGCAAAAGCCCCGGAAUGUUGCUUCUAGGUACAUGAAUGGUAUUUCUUCAACUGUAUCAACUUCCAGUACACCAAGACGAUUCUCCUCUCCAAUUGCCAGUCACAGUCACACGACCCCUGCACCCUGGGUGCCAAUGCCUAAACGAUCUCAAUCGGCUGAGAGGAGAAGAGCAGGAACCCCUUCAUCAAAUAUUUCUGCACGGCCUUCCCUAUCUAGGCCUUCUACUCCAUCAUCCCCAUCUUCUAGGUCAGCAACUCCAGUACGAGAUGUUGUUACAGAAGUUCACAAUACCGCAAGACAAUUACCCAACAACAAGGCUCUUGAUGGCUUGUGGCCUUCAAUCCGAAGCCUAUCUUCUUCUUUCCAGUCAGAAUCUCUUGCAGUUUCAGUUAGCAAGAGAGAAAAGCUGGUUGCAAAAUCCUCAUCAGUGAAAUCAAUCAAUUCACCAUCAAAUGUGGUAUCUGAGAGAAAGAGGACUCCUCUAAGAGGAAGAAACACAUCUAACCAAUUAGAGAAUUUAACACCACGAGAAAACUCAAACACUAAGGUUAUAGAUCGACAUCGGUGGCCUUCCAUGAUGGGCGGGAGGCUAUCUGCAAAUGGAAGUGUGGAUCUUUCUGAUAAGGUAAGUAGAUCUGCUAGGAGAGUUGCCUCACAAAGGAUUUCCUCUAAUAAGACAGACCUCACAUCCAGUAGUGCAUCCAGACAUCCCGAGAUCUCACUAUCUAAUGCAGCUGAGCAGUCAUUUAAUGAUGAACGUGGAAGACUGGAACAAAAUGCCAAACCAUUUGUGAAUUCUCCAUCUCAAGGUACAAUGAGAUCCUCAUCUAUGACACAUUCAACUAGUACUCAGUCAUCAUCCAUCCCAAGUCUGUGGUGCCCUUCAUCACCAAGGACUCAGUCAGCAGUCAACCCAGGUUUGCGGCACUCUUCAUUGUCAAGUACUCGGUCAUCAAUCGUCCCAGGUUUGCUGCGCCCUUCAUCACCAAGUAAAGUUUUAUCAACAUCUACAUCUAGGAGUAUGCUGAGUCCUUUGAGGACGAGAGCAUCUACUCCAGUGUCAUUGUCAAGCAAUGUUACUAACACACUGGGUGGCACAUCCUCCAUCUUUAAGUGCAAAUCGUAUGGGCAAAGAGAAAAAUUGGGUGCAAGUGACAUAGAAGAUGCUCAUCAACUAAAGUUGCUGUAUAGUACAAGUUUGCAGUGGCGCUUUAUUAAUGCCCAAACAAAUGAGACAUUAUCAAUUCAAAGGACGAGGACAGAGAAUGUUCUUCGAAGUGUUUGGAAUAAUAUCUCAAUCUUGCAUAAUUCGGUCCUCAUGAAAAGGAUUGAUGUGCAGCAGUUGCAGCAGGAGAUGAAAUUAGGUGUUAUUUUGAUGGGGCAGAUGAUGUCUCUUGAACAGUGGGCCGCAUUAGAAAAGGAACACUGUAGCUAUUUGUCUGUGGUGAUUGAAGCUCUUAACACAAGCAUUCUACGCCUUCCGGUGAUGGAAGGAGCAAAGGCAGAUGUAAUUGAUAUGAAGAAUGCUGUUAGUUCGGCAGUUGAUAUGUUGCAUGCUAUCGGCUCCUCUAUUUUUCGUUUAUUAUCUAAGAAUGUACAAAGUCCCAACUUUCUGAACUUGAUGCUGUCACAGCAAAAGAAAAAUUCAUGCUUGAUGAAUGCAGAGAGUUACUAACUUCUGCUGCAGCAAUACAGGUGGAAGAGUCCAGUCUUAGAGCACAGUUGAUGCUGCUUAGGAAUGAUGCUCGCAAUCUAAAUCAGACUGUUCGAUGGAGUUAAUAGAUGACCAGAGAUCAUACUUAUCGCGGCAAGAACAGCAGAUAGGAAGAUAGAACAGAUCUUUUUUUUUUUUGAAUUAUGCAUACAUGCAAAAGUUAUCUUUCUAGCCUCCCCCCCACACCCAUUUUUUCUUCUUCUGUAUCUCAUUGGAGGGCCGGAAUGUAUUUAUACACCAGUGUAUUUUCUGAAUCACUUGCAAAAGCAGAGAGCAAAGAAAGCCUAGGAAUAGUGGCCAUGCAAAAAGAGUGAAGUUGUAUAUUUGAUGGCUCCUUCGAUCUC